AGUGCUCUCCUACACGGCGCUGCGGGAGUCUACAGCUACCACCCUUGCCAUUGUUUUUGAAAUUGACUGCCAGCAGAUGCGGGCACCGAGCUUCUUCUCUCUUUGCUCGCCUUCUUCCGAGACAGCAUGAGGUCCUCAGCAUCCUGUCUUGCCGGGUGCAAGACAGCCGCUUGUCCGCCGCGGGGCAGCGUGCUUGCUGCCUUGAAGCCGUCAGUUGCAAGAUCAACGCCUGUGUUUCGACGUGAGAUCCGUUCCAAACACACUGGCAUACAGUUUGGCACCACUGGCAUACGGAGCCUCACCCGUCCACUCCCGCUGUCCCUGCAGCAGCACGUCUCCCAGGUCACUGCUAUUGCGCGCUAUGCAUCCCAUGCACCGGAGCCGCACGAUGAGGAACUGCCCACGUCACCGCCUUUUACAGCAGGCCCCUAUGCCAAUUUGACCAUUGGCGUGCCAAAAGAAAGUUUUCCUAACGAGAGGCGUGUGGCCAUCACGCCACAGAAUGUCAAGCUCCUCCUCAAGAAGGGCUUUUCCCGCGUUCUAGUCGAGCGGGGUGCGGGGCAAGAAGCCCAGUUCUUAGAUGAGGCUUACGAGCAGGCUGGUGCCCAGACUGUGGACCGCCGAAGCGUCUUCUCCCAGAGCGACAUUUUGCUCAAGGUGCGGGCGCUCAGCAUCGAGGGCAAGGAUGCUGAGGCCGACGCCAUCCGAGAGGGUGCCACUGUCAUCUCCAUGCUCUAUCCCAUGCAGAAUAGGCCGACUGUCGAGCGCCUGGCUUCUCGAAAGGCCACUGCAUUCGCAAUGGACAUGAUUCCUCGCAUCUCUCGAGCUCAAGUCUUUGAUGCGCUAAGUUCCAUGGCAAAUAUUGCUGGAUACAAGGCUGUCUUAGAGGCUUCGAACCAUUUUGGGCGCUUUCUCACUGGCCAAGUCACUGCUGCUGGAAAGAUACCUCCUUGUAAGGUGCUUGUGAUUGGAGCUGGCGUUGCAGGUUUGAGUGCUAUUGCUACUGCCCGCCGCAUGGGCGCAAUCGUCCGCGGUUUUGACACCCGCUCUGCGGCACGUGAGCAGGUCCAGUCUCUUGGUGCUGAAUUCAUUGAAGUCGACAUCAAAGAAGAUGGAUCUGGUGCUGGCGGCUAUGCCAAAGUCAUGUCCAAGGAAUUUAUCGAAGCUGAAAUGAAACUCUUUUAUGAACAGUGUCGAGAAGUCGACAUUGUAAUCACCACCGCCCUCAUUCCCGGAAAGCCUGCCCCUAAGCUCAUCACAAAGACAAUGCUCGGUGCAAUGAAACCUGGUUCCGUCGUAGUCGAUCUGGCUGCUGAAGCCGGCGGCAAUUGCGAAGCCACAGUUCCCGGAGAGCUAGCCCAAUACGAAGGAGUCAAGGUCAUCGGAUAUACUGAUCUCCCAUCCCGCUUGCCAACUCAGUCGUCUACUCUUUACUCGAACAACGUGACCAAAUUCCUGCUUUCGCUGACCCCAAAGGAUAAGAAGGAUAAGUACUACGACGUUGAUCUCACCGAUGAAGUCACUCGUGGAGCCAUUGUCACCUACAACGGUCAAAUCCUGCCCCCAGCGCCACGUCCUGCUCCCCCACCGGCUCAGGCCAAGCCUGCCCCAUCACCCGCUGACCAAGUCGCAAAUACUGUUGCUUUGACGCCGUGGCAGACUCAAACUAGACAGGUAGCAACUGUGACAGCCGGUAUGACCGGCGCGCUUGCCCUCGGAAAACUUACCGGCCCACUGUUCAUGUCCAAUGCUUUCACGUUCGCUCUGGCCAGUCUUAUCGGUUAUCGCGUUGUAUGGGGAGUAGCACCAGCAUUGCACUCUCCAUUGAUGAGCGUCACGAAUGCAAUCUCUGGAAUGGUAGGUGUAGGAGGUCUGUUCGUGAUGGGUGGCGGCUACUUUCCGGAAACAAUUCCACAAACGCUCGGAGCUUUGUCGGUGCUACUUGCAUUCGUUAAUGUCUCAGGCGGUUUUGUCAUCUCCAAGAGGAUGCUAGAUAUGUUCAGGCGCCCCACGGACCCCAAAGAAUAUCCCUGGUUAUAUGCUAUCCCGGCAGCCUUGUUUGGCGGAGGCUACAUUGCGGCAGCUUCGACUGGUAUGGCUGGUCUUGUGCAAGCAGGCUACCUUGUCAGUAGCCUCCUGUGUAUGACUUCAUUAUCAGGGCUUGCAUCGCAAACGACUGCUCGCCGUGGGAACAUUCUGGGUAUACUCGGUGUAUUCUCUGGUAUCCUUGCUUCACUAGCGGCCGUUGGUUUUACACCCGAUGUGCUCACGCAGUUUGCUGGAUUGGCUGGGGUCGGUACUAUUGCUGGCCUUGUAAUUGGACGGCGGAUCACUCCAACAUCUCUUCCCCAAACAGUGGCAGCGCUACACUCUGUUGUUGGUCUUGCUGCAGUCCUGACUAGUAUCGGUAGUGUUCUUGGGCACACUGGUGACAUUUCGACCCUCCACAUGGUUUCGGCAUACCUUGGUGUUCUCAUUGGUGGAGUCACAUUCACUGGGUCGAUUGUAGCCUUUUUGAAGUUGGCCGCAAAGAUGAGCUCGAAGCCAUUGGCACUGCCUGGCCGUCAUGUCAUCAACAGUUCGCUGCUGGGUGCCAAUUUUGCGACCAUGGGUGCGUUUUUGGCGUACGCACCAGGCGCGCCUAUGAUAGGUGCGGCAUGUCUUGUGGGCAAUGCCGUCCUAUCUUUCAUCAAAGGUUACACGACAACGGCUGCCAUCGGCGGAGCGGACAUGCCUGUGGUCAUCACUGUCUUGAAUGCGUAUUCCGGGUUCGCGCUCGUCGCUGAAGGAUUCAUGCUGGACAACUCGCUGCUAACGACUAUUGGCGCUCUUAUUGGAGUCUCCGGCUCUAUUCUCUCGUACAUCAUGUGCGUGGCCAUGAACAGGUCGCUCACGAAUGUUUUAUUUGGUGGCAUAGCGCCAACAGUGCAGUCUCAGUCCAAGGUUGAAGGGGAGAUAACCAAGACGACGGCCGACGAGACAGCCGAAGCCCUUGUCAACGCAGAAAACGUCAUCAUUGUAGUAGGAUACGGAAUGGCGGUGGCCAAAGCGCAAUAUGGGCUUGCUGAGUUUGUGAGUAUGCUACGUGCAAAGGGAGUCAAUGUGCGCUUUGCUAUCCAUCCGGUCGCGGGUCGAAUGCCUGGCCAAUGCAACGUUCUGCUAGCCGAGGCCAGCGUGCCCUACGACAUUGUGCUUGAGAUGGACGAGAUCAACGACGACUUUGCUGACACGGAUGUUACACUCGUGAUUGGUGCAAAUGACACGGUCAACCCGAUUGCGCUGGAGCCCGGUAGCGCAAUCGCAGGCAUGCCGGUUCUGCACGCGUGGAAGAGCAAGCAGGUGGUGAUUAUGAAGCGUGGUAUGGCCAGUGGAUAUGCAGAUGUGCCGAACCCAAUGUUCUUCAUGGAGAAUACGAAGAUGUUGUUUGGCGACGCCAACGACAGCUGCAAUGCUAUCAAGCGCGCGCUUGAAGAGAAGAUCAAGGGGUUGUGAGUAUGUAUAUAUGUAGAUGGGAGCUGUCGGGUGGACUGUGAGUGUUUUGGGUAGUUAUUAGUUGUUGUUGGUGAAUGUUUGAAGUGUUUGCACAUUUUGCAUAAAUGGCGAAGCGCCA